AUGAAGAAUAUACCUUUAUUGCUAAUUUUGUUCAACCUAAACUGCCUACAAUGUCAAAAAAUGGAGUCCAUUGAAAACACAGUUCAGAAAAAGCCUGGAGAAACUCUGACUCUGUCCUGUAGAGGAUCUGGGUUCAGCUUUGACUGCUGUGCUAUGCACUGGAUCAGACAACAAGCUGGAAAACCUCUUGUGUGGAUGGGUCUGGGCUACAGUUCUGGAAGUGGGCAUAAGGCAGAAUCCUUUAAGGGGAGGCUUGAAAUCAGCAGAGAUGAUUCGAAAAGCAUGAUGUAUCUGAAACUGUCUGGACUGACAGAAGAGGACUCCGCUGUGUAUUUCUGUGCAAGAGAAUCACAGUGACACUAACGUAUGCGGCAAUGAUACAAAAACUGGUCUAGACACUUUUAGUUUAAAACUGCAGUUCUCAUCUGUGUCAGUAGGUUGCAGUGGAACACAAGAAGUCGUCCACUACACAGUGACUCACACAAUCACAGAA